AUUAUUUGAGCUCUCUCCUUUUCUCCACCACUGUGGUGUGUGUGUGGUUGACUGUUCCUUACCAUGUCUUCUCACAAGACUUUCUGGAUCAAGCAAUUCUUGGCCAAGAAACAAAAGCAGAAUCAUCCUAUUCCCCAGUGGAUUCAGAUGAAAACCGGUAAUAAAAUCUGGUACAACUCUAAGAGGACACAUUGGAGAAGAACUAAGCUGGAUCUCUAA